AUGGAUCAGGUAGUAGAAGAAGUGGAGAAAGUCAAGAAGGAUUUCCAGGAAACGUACGGCCAAACAAUCAAAUACGUUGAUUCCAUCCAAGAAUAUGGGAAAAAAACAAGCAUUGCAGAAGGAAUUGAAAUUGAAGAAGAGGAGAAGAAAGAUUCGUUGCCAAGAUUAAAUGGGUUGGCUCAGGAUGGUUUGAAUAUGCUCCAAUCACUCCAGUUCAAGCUUGAUCUCCUGUCCCCACAACUUCCUUCCGUUGAUUAUGUUGAAAAGGCUCAAGAUUUGGCUCAAUCUUGGAAAAAUCAAAUCCAAAGUCUGCGGAUAGGCCUAAGGAAUGCAAAUUUGCAAGCAAAGACAAACAUGAAGAAAUCUGCUCAAAAGGAGAGAGAGCUGCUUUUGGGAGGUGGAGAAGAGUCUACCAUUCGCAGGCGCAAUCUACAAACAAAAACUGGAAUGACCUCUGCAGCUGAAAGCAUCACAGAGAGCCUUAGGCGUUCUCGGCAGCUCAUGGUUCAGGAGGUUGAAAGGAGUGCAGGCACACUCAUGACAUUUGAGGAGUCAACUGGAGUACUAAAGAAGGCCGAAAGUGAGUACAAGGGCCACCGCUCGUUACUGAUGCGGACCCGAGACCUCCUCUCCACAAUGCAACGUCAAGAUGUUCUUGACAGGUUGAUAAUUAUUGUUGGAUUUCUUAUUUUCUCAUUGGCCGUACUUUAUGUUGUUUCAAAGCGCAUUGGGAUACUCAAGUUGCAGAGUAAGAUUAUGGCAGCUGUGAAGGCUGGAAUGGCAGGACAAGAAGGGAUCGUCGUCCCUAUAGCUGGCCGAGAUGGUAUUCAUGGUGCUCCAGUUCACGAGAAUAAACAAAUCGUUAGAACAGAGAAACGAGUAAACAAAUGUUGGGAAAAAAGAAAAGAGCAACUGCAAAGAGGUGUUAAGAAGAUAUCCAGCAUUUUGACCCUUCUUCUGCACUGCAACACAGGUGCAUUUGCUGUUCUCAAUCAAAUAUUCUGCUGUAUCUAG